ACGACGGAUUUGGAUUGACUUGGCCACUGGUGGCCCCAGCAUGGGAACAGCGCCAGUGAGCAGCAGCAUAUAACAUCCACGCUUGUGGGCUGAGACUUUUCCUCCAGCUCACGCCAUUAAGGGAAUAUACUUGCAUCAUCUAAACAAAUCGGUAUUGGCAGGGGAUAUGCGGCUUAGCCCCGUGGCUGGCCUUAAUUAGGAAGAAGAGUAAGCAGCAGCAGCAACAUGGUGGCCAAGAGGAAGCGUGCUCGCUCCGAGCAAGAAAACCAGGAAGAGCCUCUCCCACUCCCGCCUCUGGUUAGAGACUCGGAACAACCUAUCAAGAAAAAGGGAAAAUGGAUGAACAAGCAGCGUGUGUUGGUAUUUGGCUCUCGUGGCAUGUCGUUUCGAGAUAGACAUCUGAUGGAUGACCUUCGAUCUCUCUUGCCACACAGCAAACCUGAGUCCAAGAAAGAGCGUAAAGAUGAUCUCAGAGUUAUUAAUGAGAUAGCAGAGAUGAAAAAUUGCAACAAGUGCAUCUAUUUUGAAAGUAAAAAGAAAAAAGACCUGUACGUGUGGGUCUCCAAUAUUCCACGAGGGCCUUCUGUCAAGUUUCUUGUCCUAAAUGCGCACACCAUGAAGGAGCUCAAGAUGACUGGCAAUUGUCUAAAGGGUUCAAGACCCUUCUUGAGUUUUGACCCUGCUUUUGACGAGCCUCAUUGGGCAGUGAUAAAGGAGCUUUUUGUGCAGACUUUGGGCACCCCAAACAACCACCCAAAGAGUCAACCCUUUCAUGAUCAUGUAUUUACUUUCUCCAUCCUGGAUAACAAAAUUUGGUUCCGCAACUAUGAAAUAUUAGGAAUGGAUGGCAAGCUGUCCGAGAUUGGUCCCAGAUUUGUCCUAGACCCCAUUAAGCUGUUUGAUAGCAGCUUUGGAGGCGUUACACUGUGGGAGAACCCAGCUUACAUAAAUCCAAAUAUGAUACGACGGGAGAAACAUAAGGCUGCAGGUUAUAAAUAUAUAAACAAGAAGCAACAGAAGGAAGGCUUUAAGAAAAGAACUCCAAUACAACCUUUUCGUGGUGACCCCACCAAUGAAGUUUUCCAGACCAAGGCGCCUGAAGAAGCUACCGGCGGAGAAAAGCAGCUCUUUAUUCGCAAAAAGUUUUAACUUUGUAAUACUUCUGUGUUGUGUAAAGAUUUUGUAGUAAAAGAUAAUAUAAUG